CCCUAGUACCGGCGCCACAGGCUCAAAAAAUUCAGCACCAGCUCUACCAGGGUCCCGGGAACUUUUGCUCUGCGGCCGCGUGAGCUGGACCGCGAACCGAGCGCAGAGCUGGGCCGCGGGGGCUGUGACGAAUCGCCGACGGGUCGGUAUGGGCGGAGUGAGCGGGACGCAGCGCGCCGUGGCGACUCUGCGGACCCGGCGGGUGCGCGCUUCCCUGUGACCGCUGCCCGUCCGGAGGUCCCCGCCCGCCCCGACACCCCAUCCCGUCCCCCGAGGACCGCUGCCCGCCGCGCCACUAGGAUGGAUCCUGAGGUCUCUGCCGUCCGGCUCACCGUCUGGGAGGCUGUUCACAUCCUUUCAUCUUCUGAGGAUGGGGGCCGCAUCUUCUGUACCCUGGGGUCCCUGAAGCGCUAUCUUGGUGCAACGGAGAAUCCAGCCCUCCCUGAGGAGCAGGAGGAGUUUGUCAGGAUCCACUUUUCCACCUUUCUCAGAUGUCUGGUCAGCAAGCUGAGCCCCGACUGGCUGGAGCUGCUGCCUGACGGCCAAAUGGAGGAGCUGUGGGCCAGCUUCUUCCUGGAGGGCCCGGCUGACCAAGCCUUCCUGGUGCUGAUGGAGUCCAUCGAGGGUGCUGCCAGCCCCAGCUUCUGUCUGAUGAAGAUGGCGCAACUGCUGGCCAGGUUCCUGAGCGUGGGCAGGAUGGCCACUGUGAUGGAGGGGCAGUGUCGGCAGCAGGCAGGGCCAGCCUUCCCCCUGCUCCAGGAGACACUUCUCACCAAGGUGGUGGGCCUGCCCGAUCGCCUGGGCAACCGUCUGCAGCGGGAGAACCUGGCCACAUUCCUCCCUCAGAACUACUUCCCUCUGCUGGGCGAGGAAGUCCUGCGGGUGCUGCAGGUGGUCGUGGACUCUCUCCGAGCCAGGUGCACGUUGAUGGCCUUACCACCGUCUCCUUCCUGUCCCAGGUGGCCUGGACUGCUCCGUCUCCUUCCUGUCUCAGGUCCUGGGGAAAGCCUGCGUCCACGGGAGACAGAGGCCCCUGUGUGCUUCCCCUCAGAGGAGGUCCUGGGCGUGCUUGUGCCCCGGCUGACGGUGCUCACCCAGGGCAGCUGCCUCUGGCAGCGGGUCUGCUGGUGCCUGGUGGAGCGUGUGCCCGACUGGGCCAUGGAGGCUGUGCUGAAGGGGUGCGUGGAGGCUGCCCCAGGGCCUGAAGUCCUCUCACGGCUGCUGGGGAAUGUGGUGACAAAGAGUAAGAAGGCCCAGUUUGUAAUGACCCGGAAGCUGCUAUUCCUACAGUACAGCUGCACGAUGCCCAUGCUGCAGAGCCUGCUGGGCUACCUGGCCAUGGACAGCCAGCGGCGUUCACUCCUCAAGCAGGCGCUGAAGGAGCUCCUGGAGACGUGGGGCAGCAGCAGUGCCAUCCGCCAUGUGCCCCUGGUGCAGCAGCGCUACGUCAGCAAGGCCAUCCUCAUCUGCCUGGCGCACCUGGGGGAGGCAGAGCUCCGGGACAGCCGGGACGAGUUGUUGGCCAGCCUGAUGGAGGGAGUGAAGAGCCGCCUGGACAGCAGCCUACCCCCUGUGCGCCGCUUGGGCAUGAUCGUGGCUGAGGUGGCCAGCGCCCGGAUCCACCCCGAGGGGCCUCCCCUGAAGUUCCAGUAUGAAGAGGAUGAGCUGACCCGCGAGAUGCUGGCUUUGGCCAUGCCCCGGCCCGCGGCUGACGGCCCCUCAGAGGCGGGCCCGUCUUUCGCUCCGGUCAGUGGAGAGACUCCUGACAGAGAGACUGUGGACCGCAGUGGACCCCAGGCUGGGCCUGAGGGCUCCGACUCCGAGCUGGACAGCGAUGAUGAGUUUGUCCCCUACGACAUGUCGGUAGACAGGGAGCAGAGAAGCAGCAAGGCGCCCUCGUAUGUGCGGGGCUGCUUGGAAGCUCUGACUGGGUCCGAGGACUGGGAACGCUGGGAGGCGGCCCUGUGGGCCCUCGAGGGGCUGAUCUUCAGGAGCCCGGCUGCCACUCAGGAGGUGAGCGUGGAGCUGGCCAAGGUGCUGCUGCACCUGGAGGAGAAGACAGCCAUGGCGGGGUUCGAGGGGCUGCGCCAGAGGGCCCUGGUGGCCCUCACAGUCACAGACCCGGCUCGGGUGGCGGAGUACCUGACCGCACAGUUCUACGCCCUCAACUACAGCCUCCGGCAGCGCAUGGACAUUCUGGACGUCCUGACUCUGGCCGCCCAGGAGCUGUCUCGGCCGGGGCGCCUUGGGAAGGCUCCCCAGCAGGGCUCCCCAGACCCCGGCUCCCAGCCUGGUGGUGCUGUGGUCCCGGCCUGGCGGGCGGUGGUGGAGGAGCGCGUCAGACGUAAGACCCGGCAGUUUUCCAAGGGCUCUGCGGGGCGGGCACCAGCCGUUGGCCCCAACGAAUUCAACUCGGUGGCUGGCUACUUCUUCUUCCCCCUCCUUCAACAUUUUGACAGGCCUCUAGUGACUUUCGACCUUUUGGGAGAUGACCAGUUGGUUCUUGGGAGACUGGCCCACACCUUAGGGGCCCUGAUGUACCUGGCUGUGAACACCACGGUGGCUGUGCCCAUGGGCAAGGCCCUGCUGGAGUUCGUGUGGGCCCUUCGUUUCCACGGUGAUGCCUAUGUGCGCCAGGGCUUGCUGUCUGCUGUCUCCGCCGUCCUCCUCAGCGUUCCAGCUGAGCGGCUGCUGGCAGACCUGCUGGACGAGCUGCUGGAGGCCCGGUCCUGGCUGGGAGACGUGGCCGAGAAGGACCCAGACAAGGACUGCAGGCUGCUGGCGGUGAAGGCACUACUGCUUCUGGAGAAGCUCCGAGAUAAGCUCCUCCCGCUCUCCUCUCCUUAGCCCCCGACCCUCGGAAGGCACGUCCCACUGGAAGAGUGUGGGCUGGGGGCCAGCACGUGGGGCGGAGGUGCAGCUGGUACAGCCUGGAGUGUCUGCGGCUCAGCGAAGACUCUGCAUCAGGGCCUCGGGUUCUGCCCCCCCCAGACUGGGACUGGGAUGUGGCCUCUGAGGCUUGGGCUCCAGGAUGGCUGCUCAGCCCGGUGCCUCCGUGCAGCCUGUAGACUGCAGAGCUGGGGCCACUGGGCCUGGGGGCUUCUUAGCAAUGUGCCCCCACCCCUUCCUCACCGAAAAGGCCAGGGACUUUAAGAACAACAGAAAAGGAAGAAUAAAAGAGGUGCAGGA